GAAACUAAAAGCAGGGUGACUCAGUUGCUGCAGAGAAGUUGCUCUUGUUCAUUUAGAGAAAAAGCAGAGCUCUGAUUGAACCCCUGAGGGCAGACUUGCCCCCUCUUGUGACCUGGGCUGGCUGUUGGACUGUAAAAAGAAAACUACAGAUCCCAGUUGCCUUUGCCUGAAAAGACAUAUCCAAAAAAUUAUUGCUAAGGCCGAUGUGAAAGAAUUUCCUGCCAGUAUUUUCUUCUACAGGUCUAUGGUUUCAGGUCUUCCAUAUCAUGGCUUCCGCAUCUCCUAUGUCAGAUGAAACCUCCAGCCCUAGUAACAGUGAGAGUGAGAGUGAGCGUGAGAGUGACGCUGAAAGUGACAGCGCUGACGACAGCGAGACCGUGGAGAGCUUGUCCUCGUUUGAUCAGUCUGAAGAAGAAGAUCAUCUAAGCUCAGAAGACAUAAUAAAAGAAGAGCCAGCUUCUGGGCCAUUGCCCUGUGAGUUUGAAAUCGAUAAAGAGAAACCUUCUGAUGUGGAAGCUACAGAGGAGAGCAGCUAUGAUUUAGAAAGAUCAGGAUUAACUGAAAGUAAGAAAGUUCUGAGGACGCUUUCAUUGUUGAUUUGGAAUACUCUGUCAAAAUCUCGAAUGGUGAGCUUACUUAAAGACUUUGUUGAAUCUGAAUUUUUUUUGAUUGAUGGAGAUUCACUAUUCAUCACUUGUGUUUCAAAUGUGAACUUCAAGAAAGGACAAACUCUUCACUUCUUCUAUAUUGUAGAACAAUUUCUGCAUGAUUUCAUUCAAAAGGAAGCCAAAUUUAUAAUAGUUUUCUUUAAGGAUGCAGAAAAUCUGUAUUCUAAUUGCCCUGAACUUUUGGCCCUUCGUACCAUAUUGAUUCAACAUUUAGAAUAUAAUACUGAUGUCACUAUUCAUACAGAAUUUUCCAACUGUCUGACACCAGAAUGGGAGAUAUUUCUUAAAGAAUGUUAUCCAUGUUUCCUAAUUGUCACAGAAAAGGGAAUAAUACCUCGUCAAACAGACUUUUUAAACAUUUUUAUCAUUCACGCUCUUCAGAAGAAAAUCAAUAUUGUACAGUGUUCAGGAAUAGAGUCAGAUGCCCUUAGAAUUUAUGGAUACUAUGCCUCAAGUUGCUAUUCACAUAAACAGUUUUUUGAAAAGAACGAGAUACCACUGCAACAUGCCUUAUAUGCCUACAUAGUAGAGUAUUACCAAAAGUCACAGGAAAGAGAAAUAUUUCUGUAUGGUCAUUUGAGACUAAACUUGGGAGAAAUGCAGAAAGAGAUACAUCAAGCCUUGUCCUUGCUUCACAGUCCGGGCCCUGAAGGAGCGGAUGUGAGAAGUGUUGUGUGCUCUGUCUCAUGUGCCGUGACACUGAAACUCUAUACAGAAAUGUUACAUGGUGCACAAGACCUUGAAAGCCCAACCACCAGUACAGAAGAGCAGAACACACAGGACUUGAAGAAAACACCAACACUAAAUGAAGCUGCAGAUCUUUGCAGAAUGCACUGUCUUAGUGUGAUUUGCCUUCAACAUUUACCCCUGUUUCAAAGAGCUAAGAGUAGAAUUAUUACUUCUGCUUGGGACAAGACUCUUUUACCAAUUCUGAGAAUGUUAAAAUACUGUGAAUUUUUCACCCUAAAACAAUUAAAGGCUAGAAACAAUUGGAAUGUGAAUUACACUGGCCUGCCUGACUUAACUGAUAAUAAUUUGUGCAAAAAUAUUGCUUAUUAUUAUGAAGUUGAAUAUAGUAGAGGACUAACCCUGGAACUGGGUGACACGUUGAAACAGAGCUAUCAGACACUGUGGAACAUGGUUUUAACAGUAUCCGGGGAUGGCGAUUUCGGAGGACCCAUGCCCGUGAGGACAACGUCCAGGCCAUUUCUUACACACAAAGAAACGUCACCUAGAGGAUCAAAACAAGAAAUUCAUAAAUUAGGACUCAUUCCUCUGAAAGCAGAAAUUAUAGAAGAUUAUGCUGGAGAUAUUUUGUCAGAACUACCUUUUUUAAGCAGUGAUGACCCAGCUAUUGCAUCUCUUUCUGAGAAGAAAGAAUGUGAUGAACUCAUGCACUGGCAUUCUUUUAGACCACUCAGUGAUGAUUUUGAAAAGAUGAUGUGCAGCACUAAAUCCAAAGAUGCCAGAGAACGAAAGGAUAUACAGAAAUUACAGUGUUUUUAUCAUCUCUUUGGAAAAUCUAUGAUAGGAAGCAACAGAUCAGUAAGGGUUAUAAGAGGAAGAGAGCUGCCACCUCCAGGAAACUCUUCAGUGCAAAAGAAAAAAAAACACCAGAAGACAAGUGCAGAAAAAAUUAUUGAGGAAAAUCAAAAGAGACAGCUAGCUAAACUAGAGAAAAAACAGGAAGAAAGAUGGAAUAACUUGUCUGACUAUAUUGAAAAGGAAAUUAAAGAAAACCCUAACUCUGGAAUAAAAAGACUAGAGGAUUUUAUCCAAGGAUGCCCGAUUAAGUCUGUAAAAUUUGCUGCAGAAAUGGUAGGAUUGGAUGCCUGUUUCAAAUUAUGGGUGGAACACUGUUCAAAACCAGAAACAGUAUCCAGAGAUAUAAACAUAAUAAUUAACUUGAUGAAAAGGAUUCAUAUAAUUCAUGAAAAACAUUCCGAACUAUUACAAAAUGUACAUCGACAAAAAAUAGCCAAAUAUCUAAAAUAUAUUGGAUUUGACAACUUGGCACACUUACUAUGUCCUCAGGUACAGGAGUCAAGUUCUGAGAAGGAUACUUCUAAAUAUUCAGUUCACAUGGGGGCAGCUCGGUUUCAGUUAACAUACAUGAGCCCUUACUUAUUUCGAGAAGAAAGAAGUGAUCCUGAUCCCAGAGUGCAUCAUUUCAUACCAGACACGUGGCAGAGGGAACUUCUUGAUGUCGUAGAUAAUAAUGAAUCUGCUGUAAUUGUUGCUCCGACUUCAUCAGGGAAAACCUAUGCUUCUUACUACUGCAUGGAGAAAAUCCUGAGACAGAGUGAUGACGGGGUUGUUGUGUACGUGGCCCCAACCAAGGCUCUUGUGAAUCAAGUGGUGGGAACUGUCUACAGUUUAUUCACCAAAGCACUGCCAAAAGGGUUAACGGUGUGUGGCGUGUUUACAAGAGAUUACCGUCAUGACACCUUCAAUUGUCAGAUAUUGGUGACAGUGCCUCAGUGUUUGGAAAUACUCUUGCUGUCACCUCGUAGUCAUAAGUGGGUGAAAAGAAUAAGAUAUGUCAUAUUUGAUGAGGUUCACUGUCUCGGGGGAGAAAUUGGAGCAGAAGUCUGGGAGCACCUCCUCGUCAUGAUCCGAUGUCCCUUUCUGGCUCUCUCUGCUACUAUCAGUAAUCCUGAGCAUCUCACCGAAUGGUUGGUGUUAAUUAAAAGAUACUGGCAACAUGUUGAAAGCACAAUGGAAAAUUCUGGUUCAUUGCAAGAUGCCUCAAAAGUUGCCAGGAAACAGCAAAGAAAAGGAGUGGAAAAGCCGUCGUACAGAGUUAGACUGGUAUGGUACAAAGAGCGAUACAAUGACCUGGAAAAGUAUGUGUGUUCCCUAAAGGAUAAUGACUUUAUCAUUGAACACUAUCACCCAUGUGCUGCACUUACAGUCAAGCAUUUAGAGAAAUAUGGAAUCCCUUUAGACCUUGGAUUUUCUCCACGGGAAAGCAUACUGCUAUAUGAUGCAAUGGUACAUGUUUGGCCAGAAUGGACAAGAAUGCAGGAGUUAGAACCUGAAGAAUUCAGCUGCUUCAAGAAUAAAAUAGUCAUUAUGAGGACAGAUGCCAAGAAAUAUGAAGAGGAACUGAAAAAAGAAAUGAUUCGUUGGGUUCAGCUGGACCCAAGCAAGGUGAAUCAGUUACUAAAGUACCUUAAGCCUCAGACUUUUGAUUGUGCAGAAACUGAAAAGCGAAGAAUGUUUCCCCAUUUUGUGGAAAAACUUAAAGAAAUGAAUAAGCUGCCUGCAAUAUUCUUUUCAUUCAACAUUCACUCAGUGGAACUAUCAGCUUCACGACUUCUUACAAAUUCGAUAAUCAAACGGAAUACUGAUAAAGACCCAAAUUCUGAAAGAGAGAAGAACAAUUUGAACAAGAAACUACAGAAAGUGGUAAAGUCUCAAAAAAGAAACUGUGCUGCAUUUUUUAAUUCAGAUUCAGGUUCUAGGAUUCAAAGAAUCAUUGUAUUGGGAGCUGAAAUAAAGGAAAUGAAGAAAAACCUUAAGAAGUAUUAUGCAGUGACUCCAGACUGUACUUAUGCAGACCAUACAGUUGUGGAUAACCAGACUUUAUCAAAGAUUUUAUACAGACUGAGAGGAACAAGAAAAAGCUACAAACUGCACGGUCUGUUAAGGCGGGGCAUCGGAUAUCAUCAUGGUUCAAUGGAAUAUAAACAAAGACAAGUUGUCGAGAUGCUUUUCAGACUGAAGCACGUCAAGGUAAUAACAGCUACCUCCACCCUUGCUUUGGGGAUUAACAUGCCAUGUAAAUCUGUUGUUUUUAUGGAAGAUUCUGUUUUUUUGGAUGCCUUGAACUUUCGACAGAUGUCUGGUCGUGCAGGAAGACGUGGAGAAGAUCUUACAGGAAAUGUGUUCUUCUAUGACAUUCCAUUACCUAAGAUAGAAAGGCUCUUAAAGUCGAAUGUGCCCAAACUGAAGGGUCAGUUUCCUUUAAGCAUUUCCUUGGUUCUCAGACUUAUGCUCCUAGUUGCCAAAGCAGAUGACAAGGAAGAUGCCAAAGCAAAGGCAUUAUCAGUUCUCCAACAUUCACUGAUGUCCUUCAAGCAACCAAAGAUGAAGUGCAUGUUAAAGUUUUACUUCAUAUAUUCUUUACAAUUCUUAAUCAGAGAGGAAUACUUGAAUCAAGAAUGUAUUCCCAUCGGAUAUUCUAGCCUUGUGUCUCAUCUGCACUACCACGAACCUGCAAACUUUGUUUUAGUAAGCUUGCUGAAGAAAGGCAUAUUUCAUAAGUUGUGCACUCCAACCAACAUAAAUGGCCAAAAGAGAUUUUCUGAAGAUGUGAUGGAGACCUUAGUGGUGGUGUUAGCAAAUCUUUUUGGAAGACGGCAUCUUCCUCCCUGUGUGAACAAAUUAAAAAAAAAUACUUCUCGUUCAAUGGUAAUCCUAGAUGAUCUUCCCCGGGAAUUCGCUGAAGUGGUAAAGGAACACAACAGCAUAAUUCAAAAGAACUUUGGUUCCUUCCUCCUAACGAUUUCUAAGUUGGCCGACAUGACAAAAGAAUCCCAGCUACCUCUCUCAGAAAUUGACUUUUCAGGUGAAGAAUGUGAGGACUCUGAACUGGUCUCUCAUUUAAUGCCUGGAACGGAGCACAGAACUGCUGUUUCCCCAUUUGCUUGCCUGUCCAACAUAACCGAUCAAGAUUUAUUUCGUAUUAGUGUGGUAAAGGAUGCUAUGUUCCAAACAAUUUAUGUGGAUGUUACAAAAGUUCCUUUCUUUUACAUGACUAAGUAUGAUAUAAACGGAAGGAAGUCUCCACUGAAUGGUUAUGUAAUGAAUUUCUACAAAAACCGUUCCCUGUCGGCGCUCACUUGGGAUAACUGGUUAAAUAUGGGAGAUGCUUAUCAUUUACUCAAGGAUUUUGCACUUACUGUUCGAGCCAUUAGGAUUUCACUGAGUGAAUUAUGUGACGAUGAAGAUGACAAUGUUGUGUUAGCAUUUAAACAACUGAGUAAAGCAUUCAUUCAAAUCUUGGGGAAAAAAGACUGAAUGUUAAACUUUACCCAAGUACUGUGCUCCUGAAAAACAGAGACAGUCAAGAAAUUUUCUUGCUCUUCUGUGUUUCAGGAAAUGGUUUACUGCAAGAACCACCCUUUCUAAAAUGAUUUAGCUUAGACUUUCAAAUGACCCCCUUGUUUACCUGUGACAAUCUUCAACAUAACCACCCAAAUCCCCAUUCUUUGACUCAUUAAAUGUUUAGCUAAAUUGUCUUCUCCUGCUGACAAACAUACCUGCUUACUUGACUUUAGUCUGCCCUUUGGGAAGGCUUCUCCCCUCCCCACAGGCCCUGAACCUUAAUCUGCCCUUCCGUCUCUCCUGAAAAUGGCCUGGAGGCAUUCUCAGAUCAAGUUCUCUGAUAACUGUCUCAGAUCGACUGUGCCAAGGAAGGUCAACCAAAAGACAUUCCCAGAUUACUUGUCCAGUCACACCACACAUCAUGCCAUUCCCUCAUACCUGAUUCUUUCUAGCCUGGUUUCCUUAUCCCUAGAAAUUAAAAUUCUUUUCUGGCUGACCUUAGAGACUACUGAAGGUCAGCAGCAGACUCUGACCUCUGAAGACUCAGAGGCAGAAUGCUUUUCUUAUUUCAUUGGCCUUUACCUAUUGCAAUAGGCCUUUUUACUUAUUACAAUAGUUUUUUCAAAUAAAGUCUCUCGUUAAGUUUGGAUUUGUGUUUGAUUUGAUAUUCAUUCAGUACCAAUGAAAUAAAAUGGAUAACCUAGCUAAAGUAUAGAUUUCACAAUGUAUUGACCGACUUAUCAAGAGAUGUCCUAGCCUUCCCUGACCAGUGUGGCUCAGUUUGUUGGGCAUUGUCCUACAAAGCAAAUGAUCACCAGUCAAAUUCCUGGUCAGGGCCUGUGUUUAGAUUAUGGGUUUGGUGCCCAGUUGGGCAUAUAGGAGAGGCAACGGAUCAGCUGAUUGAUGUUUUUCUCUCCCAUUGCUAUUUUUCUCUGUCUCUUUCUCCUUCCCUUCACCAAUCUCUGAAAAAAAAUUUUUAAAGAUAUGUCCAAGUGAGAAAUUUUUAAUUUAAAUAUUAAAAAUCUCAUCAAGAAUUCUAACAAUAUUUUUCCAAGAAUUUUAGCAUGUAAAGUAGCUAUGCUAAAUGUCUCUAACAAUUACUCUGUUCAGCUUGAAAUGUGACAAUUUUUUUAAAGAUAGGAACCAAAUCCAAUACAGGAAGGCAGGGGCCCCUCUGAAGCAUUGUGGGUAUACAGGUGUACAAUGCAUCAUCUGUAUAUUGUUUUGUGUGUUGACCAAAUGUCCUUCUGUCACCCUCUUCUACUUUCCCCCACCCUCCUUCCCCUCUGGUAAUCACCAUACUGUUGUCUGAGUCUGUAGAUUUUAUUUAUUUAUUUGUUCUCCAUAAUCUCUUCUAUUUUAUCACCCAGCUCUCCAAGCCCCUCCCCGCUAACAGCUGUCAGUCUAUUUUUUGUAUCUACGAGUCAGUUUCUAUUUUGUUUUUUUUUGUUUAUUUUGUUCAUUAGAUUCUACAUAUAAGUUAAAUCAUAUGGCAUUUGUUUUUCUCUGACUGGCUUAUUUUUACUUAGCAUAAUAAUCUCCAUGUCCAUUCAUACUAUUGCAAAAGGUGACAUUUCCUUUUUUAAUAAAAAAUGGCCAGGUAGUAUUGAUUAUGUAAAUGUCCCACAGUGUUUUAAUUCACUAAUCUGCUGAUGGGCACUUGGGCUGCUUCCAAACUUUGGCUAUUGUAAAUAAUGCUGCAGUGAACAUAGGGGUGCGUGUAUUCUUUCAAAUCAGUGUUGCAGGUCAUUUCAGAUAUAUUCCCAGAAGUGGAAUUGCUAGGUCAUAAGGCAAUUCUAUUUUUAAGUUUUUGAGGAAACUCUAUACUGCUUUCCACAGUGGCUCCACCAAUCUGCAUUCCAACCAAGAGUGCAUGAGGGUUCCCUUUUUUCCUCAUCCCCCCAAUACUGGUUGUUUGUUGAUUUGUUGAUGAUAGCUAUUCUGACAGGCAUGAGGUGAUAGCUCAUUGUGUUUUUUUAAAAAUCCUCACCCAAGGAUGUGCUUAUUGAUUUUAGACAGAGGGAAAAAGGGGGAGAGAGAGAGGGAGGGAAACAUAGAUAUGUGAGAGAAACAUCAUUCGGUUGCCUUUCUGAACUGAACCUGAAACCAGGCAUCUGCCUUGACUGGGAAUUGAACCCAUGGCCCUUUAGUUUACAGAAAAAACUCCAACCAGCUAGGGGUCAUUGUGGUUUUAAUUUGCAUUUCUGUGGCGAUUAGUGACACAGAGCAUCUUUUCAUAUGUCCAUUGGCUUCCUGUAUAUCCUCUUUGAGAGUGUCUAUUCAGGUCCUUUGC